AUGUAAUCGGUAACUUUUUCGAGCAAUACGGCACAAACAUUAUCGAUUGGCCACAUCGUGAUUGCUGCAACGUGAUGGCUCCACCAAAUGGAUAUGCAUUUGUCAUAUUCGAUCAUGAGCAUGCGGUACGCCGACUUAUUAAUGCGAGCGAUGUGAAGCAAGGCAAACUGCUUGUCGAUAUGAAGGACGGUGAGACGGAGAUUAAAACGAUAAAUGAAGAUUUGCCCUCACUUCCUGUUGGCGCUGGAGAUCCAACUGUGGGCGUUGCCUUUUCCGGCAAAGGAUUUGGGGUAUGGCUUUUGUCAAACUCCGAUUUUGAUUCAUAG